AUGAAUGAUCCGAUUCAUUGUAUCUUACUAAAUCAUACCACGGGGUCUAAUCCAGAACAAGAAAUAUCAGAAAAACUCAAAGAAAUUCUCGAAGAAAGAAACACAAAAGGAAUUCAAGUUGCUGAAGCUCUCCAAGAACUUGGCAUUGCAAAUAUCAAGGAAUGUGUUAUAGGUCCAAACCAUGUUGCCAUACUCUGCGAGGAUGGUGGCGUUAGAAGGAUAGGGUUCCAAUCUAGAGUUCAACAUGUAUUACCAUCUUCCACUACCACCUCUAUAGCUCCAGUGGCUGUACCGAGCGCCAGCUCGACACAGAGCUCGGCAGCUUGUGCUGUUAGAAACGCUGCGAAGUUUCGGAGGGUUAUGCUAUCAGGGCUUAGAAGAGGUGAGCGUGCUGGCGUUAUUAUUGAUAGAGGACGUCCGCUGAUUCCGGCUUCGUCGGUUCCGGAAGAAUUGAUAGCACAGGCUCAGGUUGUACUGCAAGGGAAAUCUCGCGAAGUGAUUGUUCGUGAACUGCAGAGGACAAGCCUGAACGUAAAUGAAGCUGUUAAUAAUCUUCUGAGCCGAGAUGACGACGAUGAAGAUGGGGAGGAUAAUACUAAUGAGGUUGUGUUACCUGAGGAAUUACUGUCUUUAUUGGACCCGUCUAGUCAUAAUUUACUCGAAGCUUCUGAUUUGUAUUCUGAUUUUGAUUACGUGCAUUUAAGAGAUGCUUCUCGCAAGUCACGUGAAAAGGAUCGUAAAACUAAGGACUCUAACCCUCUACCUUCUCCAGCUACAACUAACAGGGAAGAAUUGAAUUCUGUCAUUCAAACGUGGAAUCAGGACGGUACUGCAAUGCCUGCACCUGUCGAGAGGUUCAUCAAAAUUGUGGCUACCAAACGAGAAGUGGUAGCUCUAUCAGCAUGUGGCAAAAUAUACUCUUGGGAGUGGAGUAGUAGAUUUGGAGAUGAAACACCUAACAUAGUCGCGAGCCGUCUUCUUGGAAAAGAGAUUACAACUACUAUAGCAUCUUCCGUGUUGCGCAUUGCGGCUAUUACUAAUGAUGGAAAGAUUGCAACAUGGUUAACACAUACUGCUGUUGGGCAUCGUGCUUCUCGAGCAACCGAGAUCAAAACUCUCAAAUUACCCUUAUCUGAGGAUGAAAACAUUGUUGAACUCUGUGUUAGUGAUUUAUUGGUUGUUGUGAGAACUUCUAAGGCGUUCCAUUGGUGUGGCUUAUAUCCUUUCAACGAUAGACCCAAGAUUUGGGAGAAAGAACGUGCCAAAUCUAGAAAGCAUGUAACUUUUGACACAACCUCUUCUGAAAUAGAAGAGGGUUGUGAGGUCAGAACAAAAUCUUGUCCAAUUUAUGCUGCUGGUAGUGUAGCCUUGAAUAUAAGUGGGGAUAAAGCAACGAUUGGUGUAUUAAUGGAAUCCGUAUGGACUCUCACUGAAAUUUGUCGAUUCCGUGUAUUUGAACCAUUCUAUUAUGAUAAUGAUACUGGCGAUAUGGUAAAACCAGAAGGAACUUCUUCUAUUCCUGCACCAGGUGAAAGUCGGAAACGUCGAGCUAGCUCGGAAAUAUUCUCUUCGAAUCCUAUACCUCGCGAGGAGCCUUGGAGCGUUAGCGAUGUCAUAUGGAUUCACGAGCAGAGUGCGAAUGACUGUGCCGUUGUUAAAAUCACGGAUGGGGCCUACUGUGGAAUAGAAUAUUCAACUCAAUCGGGUGAUAGUCAGUAUGCGUCAUCGUUAAGUAGCUCUCUCCACGCAAAGGAACAAGUCGAGAAAAUUCCUGGAAAGAUUAGAUUGAUGCGUAAAGACGACUUAUGUAUUGUGACUCCCAAGAUGAAAAGCUCACAUAGCCCUCGGAACUUGCAGAAAGAACCCAUCCGAUUCACCAUCUCCGGAAAUACUUACCGACGAGUGUUAUCAGCUGUUGCUGACACAAGCGGUAUUCGUUGUUUGGUAGAAAAACGUGGAAAGUUAUAUAUAACCAGAGUAUCGGUCUGUGGAAAAAUCUUGUCUGAGCAUUUUCUGCCAAUUCACGCUCAAUCAAUAUAUGGUAGUAAUGGUGCGCUCCCUAAGCUGCUAAACUAUGGAGUCGACUUCAUUCUCUUCUUAAUGGACGGAAAUGGUUCUAUAAUACCUUUAGCUCGUAAUGCUGCAAGAGGAUUCAAAGAGCCUGUCGUUUUGAACCUACCCCCUAUCGUUAAAUCAUCGCUAUGUGUGUGUCUGAACGAUAUGUCAAUUGGUGUAGGGAUAUCAAAGACAUGGUCUAAAAAAGUUUCGCUCGUUCUCCUGUCCUCUCCCUCCGUAUCUGCGCUGCAAGCCCAACUAUCUUCACUUCUGCAAACCAUUCUUUACUGCGAUGCAGAAGGGGUUAAAUGCAUAUUAGACAGAAUGUAUGAGUUAAAAGACAAAGACCUGAUUGAUGCGGAGGCUUUAAACGUUCGGAGUGAUGGUGGAGCUAAUAUAAUUCAUUCAGCUAUAAGAUUAACACUAGCUAAGAAGAAUAAGGAAGAUAUUGAUAGCGGUACGGUUCAUGGUAUUCGUUUGCGCGAGGAAGAGACUCGAAUGGCGAGAGAAGAAGCUAAAGAUUUGGAUCAGAAAUGGCAGCGUCUUAUCAGACAAAGUAGAGUCGAAAACUCAAACAAAGAAGUAGACCAAUCCUUAACCCAGCAAGUCCCCCCUUCUCGCAAUCCUGAGUUGAAUGAUGUUCCCAUGGUAGAGUUAGAGCAAGAAAAAGGAGUUGUGAAGCCUGUAUCAGGUGUAAAAGAAAGACAGAAAGGAGCUCUCGACGUUGUGAAAGUUCUGUUGGAUCAUCCUGUUCUGAAACCUAUAAUCGUACAGUUGCUCUCUCAUCGAGAUUUCAAUGGUUUGACACCUUUCCAAGCAGCUCUUAAUUCAAGAGCGUUUGGAGCUGCUGCUUUGAUUUGGGAUGUCAUCGAUAAAACACCAAAAGACGAAUUGACUUCGACCAGAAUGAUAUAUCCAUCGGGAAGCAGGCCUGAUGAUUCUCCCUUAUUUCUUCUAUGCUACAAUGACACAUGUUCUUUCUCAUGGACUGGAGAAGAACAUAUUAACCAGGAUAUCUUCGAAUGCAGGACGUGUGGACUCACCGGUUCAUUGUGUUGUUGUACUGAAUGUGCCUUCACUUGUCAUAGAAAUCAUGAUUGCAAAUUGAAAAAAACUUCUCCUACUGCGUAUUGUGAUUGUUGGGAAAAGUGUGCUUGUAAAGCCUUGGUGGCUGGUAACCAAGAGAAGAGAGAAUAUCUUUUGCGCGAACUUUUGAGAAAAACUAAACUCCAUGAGUCAACUAACAACCGGGGUGAACAUGUAGUUUUAUUCCUAGCCAGAACGUAUGGUAGACAACAAAGCGAGCAGUCCCAUUUUUCACGUCGAAAGCCUGCCACUACUUCGUCAGGUGAUACUGCUAAUACUCCGGAGCACGAUUUGGAUCCGCCUCGUUUUGCGAAAUAUGCCCUUGAUGUCUGUUUAGGUGAAUGGAAUGUCCUUACAAGUUUGAUAAGCAUAGGAAUGAGAGUUAUGCCUCGUGAAUACAUUAUGGAAGACACGAUAGGUCUCAUGUCACAGCAUGGUUGUAGCCACCUUGAUAAGUUCACAUUUGUUCUGUUCUCUAGAUGUGCUGAUGAGUCGGGCAAGUUGAUAGUCGACUCGAUGGUCUCGGCGGCAGGUAAUGCUAGGGAUUCUAAGAAUAAUGUGGAAGAGAUCAUAUCACGCUUUGCAAGAAGUUUGGUGCGACUGUUCACUUUGUGUGUACUUGUUUCUCCAACUGCAGCUUCUGUCGCUGUGAGAGGGAUGAUUGACCCUGGUCCAGUUAGCACAAACGAUAAACGUGGUAGUAACUUACAGUCUUUGGGAAUCAGUGGAUUUUUCUCUCUCAUGAAACAUGAUUACAAAUCUCACGAGCCAAAAAACCAAGCUAUUAUUAGUUUUGUUUGUCGUAUACGUUCAGCACUACAAAACCUUGCUCCAUUUUCUCUGUGUCAAGCUGCUUAUGCUGCUGAUGCAAUCCUAGUUCCAGUCAGGAUGGGAAUACUUAAGCCUUCUAUUUUGGCUGGAUUAUCACCUAGCCAAGAUCCUAUGGAAGUUAUAGAAAAGUUUUUAAACAGCGAGAGUGAUUUGACAUCUCAUCUCUCUCGUCCUGAAGAAAAUAAAGAAAAGAUUUCCAAGCGAAGAAAAACGAGCAGAAGAACUAGCGAAAAAGGAAGUAGUGAACAACGCAAAGAAGAGUCAGACGGAGACAGUGAUAGUGAUGAUGAUGGACAAUCGUCUCGGCGUCAUAACAGUCAGAGUGGUAUGGAAGAAUCUAUACUGGAUAUUUCCGCUGGAACGGCCGAGCCGCUUGUACCGCGUCGCAAAAAUGGAAUAUCUGAAGCGAUGCCCGAGGAGGAAACAGAUGAAACAUCCUCCGAGUCUGAUUCCGAAGACGAAGAGGGACACGUAUUGAUAGGUAUAGACGAUAAUUUGGAUGACGAAGAGACUGAUGAAGCCACAGAGCAAGCAUACGAAACGUCAUCACCGCGUAACGAACAAGAAACUAAUACCACUUUUUCAAUUAGAGAUCCAGACAAUGAUGAAAAUGAGGAAGAAACUCCAGGGGAAGGGGAUGAAGAAAGCGCUAGGAACGAAAAUAGUAAUGUUGUUGUCAGUGCUCCUACAGCUGCGGAGGUGCCAGAAUCUGCUGAUGAACCACCAGAAGAUCAGGACAAUACUAGAGAUGUUCUAUUAUCAGAAACUUCUUCAGCGGCUGAGCAGCCCGACACUAGAGAGGAAGGUGGUACACGACUUCGACGCUACAGAAUCGGUGCGGGAGGACCGAGCCCUAGAGCUUUAAUGAGAAGACAGACACAGUUUGCUACAACUAAUAAUUUAGAAUGGACAAGAAGAACGUUUCCACUUGAAGACGAUUUCGAAAACGGAAUUGAAAACAGGAUAAAAGGAGAAAACAGAAACAAAAAAAAGAAUGAUGAACCUCACCCGACGACACUUCUGACUGGUGUUCAGCUAUCGACUGUGUUUUCCUUCCUUGUUCGACUGGUUAGCGACUUUAUUGACUGCGUGAAUGAUCCAUAUGCGGAAAAAAGCAUGUCUCUCCUACACAUACCCAAAGAAGCUGUAGAUGAUAUGCUGGAACGUGUUGAACAGUUGUUCGAACCUUGUUGGAGCUGGCUUUCAGUCUCUAUGGACCGAAUGGAGUCGCAAUUAUUUUUUGGAAACGCUAUAUUGCAAAACUCAUCUGGUGAAAUUAAACCGAAAAUUAAUAAAAGAAAAGAACCAGUGAAAAAAGAAAAAGUCGUAGUUGCCGAAGAUCCAAGUACUGCUGCUCUAAGAAGAGAAACGCUUUCUUAUAUCAUAGGCACCAUACGUGCUCAAUCGAGAGAAGCUGGCGACGAUUUUCCUACUAUAGAGUCAGAGAAUGUACGAAUGCUUGUCUUUGUUUUGGAAGCUUAUAUAAUAUUCCAAGAUGCAAUUGAAAAAUAUAGAUCAUCGCAAAAGUUUGCACACAUCGUGGGACACCCAUCUUUGAAUUAUUUAAGUGUACAGAAGUUUUACAAAAGAUCUGAUUCAUUGUGCUUCCCUGGUGGUUUGAACUCAGGUGCUUGGGAUACAUUAGACAGUAGGACGUCAUAUAUUCCACUAGCUGAAAAGCCUUACUUAUUGGUCCCCGAAAACGAAAAAGAAUCUCUUUUCGGUCCUUCACGUGGUUUAACCAAUUUCGACACGUUCAAACAGAACACCCAGGCUCUAGGAAGUCGUUUUAUAUUGAAUAUGAGUUUGUCGGAACCGCUUUACGAUUUUCCCUAUUUCGAAUCGGGGAGCCGUGAAGGCAGGAUAGGCUCAAUUGGUGUUCAGAAUGAUCUUCGUUCUGUAGAAUCAUUAAGAUCUUGUUUGAAAUCUGCCAUGACUACUCCUUUAAAUAAAGCACUGUCUCGAUGGAAACACGUAAUGGUUUUUAUGGCAAAGGAGUGCCAUCAGCUUCUUCUUGACUCCUAUGGAGGUGAUCCUGGCGACAGUCCUUUGCUUCUCCACGUUGCAAGUUUCUCUGUGAAGCAAAAAAUGUUUCGUUCCACUCUGGAGAAAUGUAGAAAUUCCCAGUCAAAAGAUAUCGUGAUUGACGUAAAUCGAGAACCGUUACAACUUAUUCGAGGAACAGUUUACCAGCUUAAUAAGGUCUAUGUGCGUCGCUCGGUCAUGUUUAAGGGUAGAGAUAACACCAGAACUACAUUAGGAUAUCCAAGAGUUAAAGUUCGUUUCCAAGAUGAACCCGGAGAGGGAUCAGGAGUGGCGAGGAGCUUCUAUACUGCUUUAGCUGAGGCUCUGCAAACUAGCAAAGUUUUUCCGUUCGAAGACUUCGGAUGGGAAGGGGAGGAUUAUCUUUUUGGAAAUCCCGAGGAAAGCCCAGCACCAACUUCUAACACCAAUCAUCCUACAAGAGAAAGAUCAACCCGGUUAUCAGCACCGCGGAACUCCCCGGCAAAUACGACUCGCCCCCUCUCUAAAGAUAUAAAGAUUCAUCCAAUGAGCCUUACAUCGCCACCUUACGUUGUUCAAGAUACAUCUAAAGUAGAACCGAGAAUAUCAAAUAAUGUUUUCCGGAUUGAUCAAGAAGAUGCUAAGAAAUCACCUCGAGAUGUAGAUUUUCUUUGUGAAUAUAUAUUCUGCAGGGUAAAUGAGAUCAAACCUUCCGCGUCAGGGAGAAUUACCGGAAUGAUCUUAGAUAUUCCUAUGAGUGGAGUAGUACAAAUCAUUAACAACAUGGAUUGUUUACACAAUUAUAUUGAUGAAGCACUCACGCUUCUACAACAAUCAACGGCUCCUAGCGAUCUUGAACUUCUGGGCUCUCCUGAUACAAGUCAAACUGACAAUUUUCCUCUUUUCGUUAGGAGUUCUAAAACUUCUAGUUUUGUAAUACCAUUCCCAGGAAAUCUUUCACCCAUGAGAUUAAACGCCUUCCGAAACGUAGGCAGAGUAAUGGGGCUAUGUCUGGCCCAAGGAGAAUUAUUUCCGAUCAAGUUAUGCCGUCAUAUUUUCAAAUUCAUCUUAGAUCGCCCAAUCGGGUGGCUGGAUCUGCAGUUUUACGAUCUUCAGUUAUUCAAUAGCUUACGGCAAGUUUUACUGUCUAGGGAGGAGGAUUUCGAUCCACUUUCCCUGAGGUUUUUGGAUGAAGCAACUGAUGGAAUAUCUAUUAAAACGACACCUCUCAAGUUGAAUGGUGAGGAUAUUCCGGUCACCAAGGAUAAUGUUGUUGAAUACGUUCAUCGUUUGAUCUCUUCGAGACUGUCAGGACCUGAUAAUUUGAAGUGUUUAAACGCGAUAAAGCAAGGAGUUCAUGAUGUUUUACCGGUUGAAGCAUUGCGUGUUUUGAAUGCUGAAGAUAUGAGAUUGAUGAUUUGCGGCAGUGACACGAUUUGUAUAACAACAUUACAAUACAGGACAUCGUUCUCUGAUGAGUCUCAUUCCUCUUCUGAUACCAUAGAUAAGUUCAAAGAUUGGUUCUGGUCAGUUUUUGAAUCAUUAUCUAAUCAAGAGAAACAAGAUCUACUUUUUUUCUGGACCGGUGCUCCUUCUCUUCCUCCAUCUUCACUCUAUCCUUACCCAACAGUCAUGAUCAGGCCUCCUGAUGAUUUAUAUUUGCCAACAGCCAAUACUUGUAUAUCUCGACUCUAUGUGCCUUUAUAUUCAACAAGAAAAAUUCUCAAGAACAAACUCCUACUAGCAAUCAAGGCUAAAAACUUUGGUUUUGUUUAG